UGAGUUGUGACAUCAUAGGUCACAAUAUCCCUGACAUUUACUUUCAGUUUGAAAGUCAGUCUGUUGUUCAGAUGUUCUUCUUCGACUCUUUUGACCGUUUGAACAAACUGUGAAGGUAGAAAGUGUGUGUGAGCUGAUGUGAAUUCAGCAGCAUGGAUCAGUGUGAGGACAGAGAGGAGGGAGUCCCUCCCUGUAAAACCACUCUGUAUGGGGAAGAUGAAAGCCAGAGCAAAGGUCAGAGGAUCCAUCAGAGACUCAAACCAGAACCAGAACCAGAACCCAGCUGUGUGUCCUUUAAGAGUGACAUGUCAAAGGUUGAACCUAUUACCUUUAAAUCUCCUGGAGCUCCACCAUCAGAGAGAAUGGACCAACAGAGCUCAGAGGUUCCAAGUUGUCCGUCUGUCCAGCAGCAUCAAACACAGCUGGACUCCAUAUUUAUGCUGCUGGAGGACAAUAUUGUCACAUUUGUGAAGAACGAGCUGAAGAACAUCCAGAAGGUUCUGAGUCCAGAUUACCCAGAAUACCCAGAGAGUCAGACAGAAGAUGAUGGGGUGUUAGAAGGUGAUGAAGAGCAGAGGAGGAGCAGCAGAGAGGCACUGAUGAAGAUAACGCUGAACUUCCUGAGGAGGAUGAAGCAGGAGGAGCUGGCUGACCGUCUGCAGAGCAAACAUCUUGCUGCAGUUUGUCAACAUCAACUUAAAUCUGGUCUGAAGAAGAAGUUCCGGUCUGUGUUUGAGGGAAUUGCUAAAGCAGGAAGUCCAUCUCUUCUGAACCAGAUCUACACAGAGCUCUACAUCACAGAGGGAGGGACUGGAGAGGUCAAUGAUGAACAUGAGGUCAGACAGAUUGAAACAGCAUCCAGGAAACCAAACAGACCAGAAACAACAAUCAGACAAGAAGACAUCUUUAAAGUCCCACAUGGAAGAGAUCAACCAAUCAGAACAGUGAUGACAAAGGGAGUGGCUGGCAUUGGGAAAACAGUCUUAACACAGAAGUUCACUCUGGACUGGGCUGAAGACAAAGCCCACCAGAACAUCCAGUUCAUAUUUCCAUUCACCUUCAGAGAGCUGAAUGUGCUGAAAGAGAAUAGGUUCAGUUUGGUGGAACUUGUUCUUCACUUCUUUAGUGAAACCAAAGAAAUCUGUAGCUUUGAACACUUCCAGGUUCUGUUCAUCUUUGAUGGCCUGGAUGAGAGUCGACUUCCUCUGGACUUCCACAACAAGGAGAUCCUGACUGAUGCUACAGAGUCCACCUCAGUGGAUGUUCUGCUGACAAACCUCAUCAGGGGGAAACUGCUUCCCUCUGCUCUCCUCUGGAUAACCACACGACCUGCAGCAGCCAGUCAGAUCCCUUCUCAGUGUGUUGGCAUGGUAACAGAGGUCAUAGGGUUCAAUGACCCACAGAAGGAGGAGUACUUCAGGAAGAGAUUCAGAGAUAAGGAUCAGGCCAGCAGGAUCAUCUCCCACAUAAAGACAUCACGAAGCUUCCACAUCAUGUGCCACAUCCCAGUCUUCUGCUGGAUCACUGCUACAGUUCUGGAGGAUGUGUUGGAGACCAGAGAGGGAGGAGAGCUGCCCAGAACCCUGACUGAGAUGUACAUCCACUUCCUGGUGGUUCAGACCAAAGUGAAGAAGGUCAAGUAUGAUGGAGGAGCUGAAACAGAUCCACACUGGAGUCCAGAGAGCAGGAAGAUGAUUGAGUCUCUCGGAAAACUGGCUUUUGAUCAGCUGAAGAAGAGAAACUUGAUCUUCUAUGAAUCAGACCUGACAGAGUGUGGCAUCGAUAUCAGAGCAGCCUCAGUGUACUCAGGAGUGUUCACACAGAUCUUUAAAGAGGAGAGAGGUCUGUACCAGGACAAGGUGUUCUGCUUCAUCCAUCUGAGUGUUCAGGAGUUUCUGGCUGCUCUUCAUGUUCAUCAGACCUUCAUCAACUCUAGGGUCAACUUGAUGAAUGAAGAUACAUCAUCAUUUUUCUCAACAUUUUUUAACAGAUCAAAUAUAAAUUAUCUCCAUCAGAGAGCUGUUAAUCAGGCUUUACAGAGUCCAAAUGGACACCUGGACUUGUUCCUCCGCUUCCUCCUGGGACUUUCACUGCAGAGCAAUCAGAGACUCCUACAAGGUCUGCUGACAGAGACAGGAAGUAGCUCACAGACCAAUCAGGAAACAGUUCGGUACAUUAAGAAGAAGAUCAGUGAAAAUGUGUCUGCGGAGAAAAGCAUCAAUCUGUUCCAUUGUCUGAAUGAACUGAAUGAUCGUUCUCUAGCGGAGGAGAUCCAACAGUCUGUGAGUUCAGGAAGUCUCUUCACAGAUAAACUGUCUCCUGCUCAGUGGUCAGCUCUGGGUUUCAUCUUAGCAUCAUCAGGAAAAGAUCUGGAUGUAUUUGACCUGAAGAAAUACUCUGCUUCAGAGGAGGUUUUUCUGAGGCUGCUGCCAGUGGUUAAAGCCUCCAACAAAGCUCUAUUAAGUGACUGUAACCUCUCAGAGAGAAGCUGUGAAGCUCUGUCCUCAGUUCUCAGCUCCCAGUCCUCCAGUCUCAGAGAACUGGACCUGAGUAACAACAACCUGCAGGAUUCAGGAGUGAAGCUUCUCUCUGCUGGACUGAAGAGUCCAAAUGGCAACCUGGAAACUCUAAAACUGAGUGGUUGUAUCCUCUCAGAGAGAAGCUGUGAAGCUCUGUCCUCAGUUCUCAGCUCCCAGUCCUCCAGUCUCAGAGAACUGGACCUGAGUAACAACAACCUGCAGGAUUCAGGAGUGAAGAUUCUCUCUGCUGGACUGAAGAGUCCAAACUGCAACCUGGAAACUCUCAGGGUGGAGCCUGCUGGAGUCCAAUUCUUGACACCAGGUCCAUGGAGACUGAAAAGAUAUUCCUGUCAACUCACCAUCGACACAAACACAGUGAACAGAAACCUCAAACUGUCUGAAGACAACAGGAAGGUGACAUAUGUGGAGGAGCUUCAGUCAUAUCCUGAUCAUCCAGACAGAUUUGAUUAUUGGUAUCAGCUGCUGUGUAGAACUGGUCUGACUGGUCGCUGUUACUGGGAGAUCGAGUGGAGAGGAAAAGUUGAUAUAUCAGUGAGUUACAGAAGAAUCAGGAGGAAAGGAGACAGUGGAGACUGUUGGUUUGGAUUGAAUGAUCAAUCCUGGAGUCUGAGCUGCUCUAAUGUUGAUGGUUACUCUUUCUUGCACAAUAACAGAGAAAAACAUCUCUCCUCCUCCUCUGUCUCUAACAGAGUAGCAGUGUAUGUGGACUGUCCUGCUGGCAUUCUGUCCUUCUACAGAGUUUCCUCUAACUCACUGAUCCUCCUCCACACCUUCAACACCACAUUCACUGAACCUCUGAUUCCUGGAUUUACAGUUUGGUCUGGUUCCUCAGUGUUUCUGUGCUGAGUCUAAAGAAUCUCCUCCUGUUAGAAAAACUUUCUCACUGCAUAAAUAAUAGUUCAGUCUCUACAUGUCUGUUUCAUUCAGAGACAUGUUUUUAUGGAUCCAAACUGUUUCUUGGUGAAACUCUUCUACACAAUUCUUUAAAACUUUCUUCUUCUCGUUCUUAAUAGAUUUAAGCUGGCAUUAUUCCAGGAUUUUUCCAAAAUCUGUGUUUUUUUUGUUUUCAGUCAAAGAUUCACAAUGAAUAUCAGAACAUUGUAUUUCCCUCUUGUUGUCAGGACUCUGGGUUUUUGGAUUUGGGUUUUGGUCUUAUUUAUCAUUAUGUCUUAGUUCUCUUUGGGUUAGCCCUUCAUAUUUCUUUUGAUUUUAUUAUUUCAGGGCUGCAGAUGCAGAUAUUAUUAUUAUUAUUAAACCCCUACUUUCUCAUACUAUACACUCUGAAACUGCUCUUCAACUAAAUGCAGUCCUUGCUAAUACUAUGUUUCCUACCGAUUGCAAUCUUGAUAUUGAAGCUCUUAUUCUAAAUUUUAACAAUGCAUGCUCAAAUGCUCUAAAUACCGUAUCUCUCUUAAAAACUAUAAAAACUACAAAAAAGAAACUUUUAGAGCCGUGGCUUAAUGAAACUACUCAUGCACUCAGACGGGAAUGUAGGUGAGCUGAGAGGAGGUG